GUCCAUCUUGCAUCAGUCAGGGGCAAAGCAACCCCUUGUUCAUCCUAGCUUGGUUUCUGGCCUGUUCCCAUGCCUUGGACAAACAAUGCUUAGGAGCCAUUGCUUUUCAAGAAGAUUUCACACUUUCAGGCCCCCUGAAGGAAGAGUUCCAAGCAUUCCUGAGUUUUAUGAAGAGAGACAGGCAACGUGGAUCAUGGGUUCCCGCUGUGCCAAGCUCAACACAGGCCACAGCCCAGGCCACAGCACAGGCCACAGCAUGGGCCACAGCAUGGGCCAUGGCCGGGGCCACGAAUCCUCCAUGAAGAAGCUCAUGGCCUGUGUGAGUCAGGAUAACUUCUCCUUGUCAUCAGAGGGCGAGGAAGAGGAGGAAUAGGAGGAGGAGGGGGAAGAGGAGGAGAAAGAGGAGCUGCCGGUGCAGGGCAAGCUGCUGCUGCUGGAGCGUGAGCGGCAGGAGGAGGGCCAGAAGGACAACGCUGAGGCCCAGCAGAACCCCGAGCCCAAGCAGACACACUCCUGACCCACAACGAAGGCCCAGGAAGGGACGCCCACUGCUGCUCCGGCGACAGUGUUCAGAGGAGAGUCAAUAAAAAGUCUCUGAGAAA